CUGCGGGGGCUGCGAGCGGCUCUGGGAGCCCCGGCCCUGCCCGGCCCCGCCCGCCCGGCGGCCCCAGCCCGGCGCUGCCGCUGCUGCCCGGCCAUGGCGGACCCCGCCGAGUGCAGCAUCAAGGUGAUGUGCCGCUUCCGACCCCUCAACGAGGCCGAGAUCCUGCGCGGGGACAAAUUCAUCCCCAAAUUCAAGGGCGACGAGACCGUGGUCAUCGGGCAAGGGAAGCCCUAUGUCUUUGAUAGAGUGUUACCUCCCAACACAACCCAGGAACAAGUUUAUAAUGCCUGUGCCAAGCAGAUUGUCAAAGAUGUCCUGGAGGGCUACAAUGGCACAAUCUUUGCUUAUGGCCAGACAUCAUCAGGAAAAACACACACUAUGGAGGGCAAACUGCACGACCCCCAGCUCAUGGGAAUCAUUCCAAGGAUUGCACAUGACAUCUUUGAUCACAUCUACUCCAUGGAUGAGAACCUGGAGUUCCACAUAAAGGUUUCCUACUUUGAGAUAUAUUUGGACAAAAUAAGGGACCUCCUGGAUGUGUCAAAGACAAACCUCGCUGUCCAUGAAGAUAAAAACAGAGUCCCAUAUGUUAAGGGCUGCACAGAAAGAUUUGUGUCCAGCCCUGAGGAAGUUCUGGAUGUCAUCGACGAAGGGAAGGCCAACCGGCACGUGGCCGUGACAAAUAUGAAUGAACACAGCUCCAGGAGCCACAGCAUCUUCCUCAUCAACAUUAAACAAGAGAACGUGGAAACAGAGAAGAAACUCAGUGGGAAGCUCUACCUGGUGGACUUGGCUGGAAGUGAGAAGGUCAGCAAAACUGGAGCGGAGGGAGCUGUUCUGGAUGAAGCUAAAAAUAUCAAUAAGUCUCUGUCUGCUCUAGGCAAUGUGAUAUCUGCCUUGGCAGAAGGAACUAAAACCCACGUUCCGUAUCGAGACAGCAAGAUGACCCGAAUCCUCCAGGAUUCCCUGGGGAACUGCAGAACCACCAUUGUCAUCUGCUGCUCUCCCUCGGUGUUCAACGAGGCCGAGACCAAGUCCACGCUGAUGUUCGGGCAGCGAGCCAAGACCAUCAAGAACACGGUGUCCGUGAACCUGGAGCUGACGGCCGAGGAGUGGAAGAAGAAGUACGAGAAGGAGAAGGACAAAAACAAGAGCCUGAAGAACGUUAUCCAGCACCUAGAGCUGGAACUGAACAGGUGGAGGAACGGGGAAGCUGUGCCAGAGGAUGAGCAGAUCAGUGCAAAGGACCAGAAGAACCUGGAGCCCUGUGAUAACACCCCCAUUAUUGACAACAUCACCCCGGUCGUUGCCAGCAUCUCCACGGAGGAGAAGCAGAAGUACGACGAGGAGAUUGCCAGCCUCUACAGACAGCUGGAUGACAAGGAUGAUGAAAUCAACCAGCAGAGCCAGUUGGCUGAAAAACUAAAGCAACAAAUGUUGGAUCAAGAGGAGCUUUUGGCCUCCACCAGGAGGGAUUACGAGAAGAUCCAGGAGGAGCUGACCCGUCUCCAGAUCGAGAACGAAGCGGCCAAGGAUGAAGUGAAGGAGGUCCUCCAAGCCCUGGAAGAAUUAGCUGUCAAUUAUGACCAGAAAUCCCAGGAAGUGGAGGACAAAACGAGGACCAACGAGCAGCUGGCUGAUGAGCUGGCACAGAAGAGUAGCGCCCUGACAGCGACCCAGAGGGAGCUGGGCCAGUUGCAGGAGCUCAGUAACCACCAGAAGAAGAGGGCGACAGAAAUCCUGAACCUGCUGCUGAAGGACCUGGGGGAGAUCGGGGGAAUCAUCGGCACCAACGACGUGAAAACAUUGGCAGAUGUGAACGGGGUGAUCGAGGAGGAGUUCACCAUGGCCCGGCUCUACAUCAGCAAGAUGAAAUCCGAGGUGAAGUCGCUGGUGAACCGCAGCAAGCAGCUGGAGAGCGCCCAGAUGGACUCCAACAGGAAGAUGAACGCCAGCGAGAGGGAGCUCGCCGCCUGCCAGCUCCUCAUCUCGCAGCACGAAGCGAAGAUCAAGUCCCUCACAGACUACAUGCAGAACAUGGAGCAGAAGAGGAGGCAGCUGGAGGAGUCCCAGGACUCUCUCAACGAGGAGCUGGCCAAGCUGCGUGCUCAAGAAAAAAUGCAUGAAGUCAGCUUCAAGGACAAGGAGAAGGAGCAUCUGACCCGGCUUCAGGAUGCAGAGGAGAUGAAGAAGGCCCUGGAGCAGCAGAUGGAGAGUCACAGGGAAGCCCACCAGAAGCAGCUGUCCAGGCUGAGGGAUGAAAUCGAGGAGAAGCAGAAAAUAAUCGAUGAAAUCAGAGAUAUGAACCAGAAGCUGCAGCUGGAACAAGAGAAACUCAGUGCUGAUUAUGAUAAAUUAAAAAUUGAGGACCAGGAAAGAGAAAUGAAACUGGAAAAGCUCAUACUGCUUAAUGAUAAAAGGGAACAAGCAAGAGAAGACCUCAAGGGGCUGGAGGAAACAGUGGCAAGAGAACUUCAGACUCUUCACAAUCUGCGCAAGCUGUUUGUCCAAGAUCUUACCACCCGCGUUAAAAAAAGUGUUGAACUCGACAGCGACGAUGGAGGUGGGAGCGCUGCGCAGAAGCAGAAAAUUUCCUUUCUUGAGAACAACCUGGAACAGCUUACGAAGGUUCACAAACAGCUGGUUCGUGAUAAUGCAGAUCUUCGUUGCGAGCUUCCUAAGCUGGAGAAACGCCUUCGAGCUACGGCAGAGAGAGUCAAGGCCCUGGAGAGUGCACUGAAGGAGGCCAAGGAGAACGCCAUGAGGGACCGCAAGCGCUACCAGCAGGAGGUGGAUCGCAUCAAGGAGGCCGUCAGAGCCAAAAACAUGGCCAGGAGAGCCCACUCUGCCCAGAUUGCCAAGCCCAUCCGCCCUGGCCAUUAUCCAGCGUCUUCUCCGACGGCCGUCCACGCCAUCCGAGGGGGAGGGAUGUCCAACUCCAGCUACUACCACAACACCAAAUAGGCAAGAAGUCAGUUCCACUUAAGCAUGUUAAGGACUGUCAUUAAGUCACUAGUUUUCUUUUCUGCCCCUCCUCGAGCCGACCCACAUCCCGUUCAUCCUGCGCUUCCUCCGGCCAUCGGCAACGCCCCGGUCCCAGGCAUCCCGAGCUUCGCAGGACCUCCACGUGUACAGAAGUGUCCAGAUCCUUCUGCAAUGUAUUGGACAUUCCCAUCUCAGCAAGGAUAGGGAGUCUGCCACUCCGAGCCCACCCUGGCGCUGGUUAGGUUGGCGCUUCUACACUCAGAGCGAUGCUUUUUUUUUUUCCCGAGUCCUCCGUUGCGUCGGUAAAUCCCGACUUCCGGCAUCAACGAAUUAAUUAUUCACUGACCAAGUGCCACCAAAGGCAGGUGAUUGUGCUCUGUCAUGACUGAUUUACUGUAUAAUAUACAUAUUAUUUUAUAUUUUUAGGGGAUGAAAAUGUGCUGCUAUGUGGUUUCAUUUUACUGCUUACAUUUUCAGAAGGAAAUUUCCCCAAAGAACCAUUUGUAAAAUCCUGAGAGAAAGGAAAAAAAACCACAAAGCAAAAAAACAAAAAUAAAUCUUUGGACUGUGUAAAAUAACCUUUAUUGCAGUACCUGGUAAAGAUCAAACGGGAUGCAGAGAAAUCUGUUAGUAUAGAGCUAGGAUUUGAAGUUUGGUAGUUCCAUGAGUAUUACCUUGUGUGACCUAUUUUAAAAUUAAGAUUUAAGAUCCGAGCUGCUGCUUGUAGUUCUCCCUACGGCGGUGGGUUUUCCUGGAGCGUGUUCGUGAGCGUUGUCCCCUAGGAAGUUUUGAAGGCUUUCAGAAUGCUGUGGAAUUCUUGUCUUGGAAAACCUGACAAGCGUUCCCCCCUCUCUCCUCCUCCUCCUCCUCCUUCCCCCUUUCCCACAUGCCUUUGGCAAGCCCUGAUCUGUUCACGCCGGAAUAAUCCCCUCCAAGUCCCAGAUACUCCCUUCAGAAAAAUCAGAGAGUCCAAAAGGAGGUGAGAGUCGUACACUCGAGCUGUCCUUUGCAGGCCAAAUCUGGGAAUGCGUUUGCUGGGAUGUGAGGAGCACAUUCCAAGGGGAACAGAACGCUUUUGUAAGUCACUGUAUGCAAAUCAUCCUAGGGAUGGUCCACUCGUGAGGACAAGGACGAGCCUUUCCUGGAUCUCUCUUCCCAGCCAGACAGCAAAUUCCCAUCUUCCCAGCAAGGGGGCACUGGAAUCGCUCUGGGAAGGUGCUGCUCCUCCUCCUCCUCCUCCUCCUCCUCCCUGCCCACACAUUCCUGCCGGGGAGUGACAGGGUCGGGCUUAGGGAAGCUGGGAUUCCAGGAAGGUUAGGCCGAGCAUAGCCCUCUAGUCUUCUUUUGCAGACAUUUGCUCUUUAUUUAAUUUGAGAUUGAUUGGUUGGUUGGUUGGUUUUUGGUUUUUUUUUUAAUUUCUGAACCUGUUUGUUAGUAGGAGUAGAACUAUUCAGUUACCUAGAGUGUUUUGGAAGAUUGUGAAUUGACUUUAGGUAUUUUUUUUUCUACUGAAAUUAAGGUGUUGCAAAGUAAGUUGGGACUUAAUUUAACUGUUUUGGGGUUUUGGUUUUUUUGUUUGUUUGUUGUUUUUUUUUAAUGUUGCACUAUUUUGGGGAGCGUUUUGCUAAACAUAUUUAAUGAAGCUGCAAAUUUGCAUGUAUUUAAUUUAUUUUGUAUUUUCCAAAGUUUUAUAUUUUCUUUCUUGACGUGCAUGUGCACUGCCAGAAGAAUGAACUGUGAACUUGCCAUAUGCAAUCUUGAAUAAAAUCACUAAUCCACAACUACUCUGUGCUAUCUUACCAGCUGUUGGGAGCUGAAGUUUCUACUAUGAACUAAUAAUCCUCUUGUUUUGGUUCUAAAACAGCUAUUUUGGGAAAGAUACCAAACUUAUUUGCUGUCAAAAAGGUUUUGUGUCGUAGGAAAACUUUUUGUUCUGUCUUUUGAACUCAAGAGUUUGGUAUGGAAUUGUAUUGUAGAUGCAAUAUUAGCUUAAAAAAACCAAACAAAAAGGUGUGAAUUCCUCAGAGCAUCACCAGGGCGGUUCUGGAGGGCACUUCUGAGAGCUUUCUGCAGCUUGAGGGAUAAGUUAACUUGGACAUGUCUUAAUGGUGCUAGUGCUGAUCAGCCAGUCAGUCCCACUAGCUGAGAACAAAUUAAGUUUCUCCGAGUUCACUUUUCCAUCCAGGCUGCAGGAGGAUUUCCUCCCAGCUGAAAUGCCCAAAAGGAGGAUGCCUUGGGCUACAGUUCUCCAAACAUGUAGUAAUUGGAAAUCACGAAUUCUCGGUUGAACAUGCUCUGCUUCUGUAUCUAUUUUGAUUUUUUUUUUUUAAGCCUAUUUUAACGAGGCGACUUCAGUUUGUAUUGUAUUGUAUGUGUUGUAUAUUCAACUUUUGUACCAUUUUUAAAGGCUUUCACGUUUUAUAUCUGGAGAGGAAAACCACACAUCUGCUCUGCAGAGAUCCAGACCUGUCUCUUGCUGUUUCUGCCACCUGACCCUUCCUUUCUUUGCUCUUUUGAGUGUUGUGUUCUAUUUAUUCGAGGCUCGUUUUCAAGUCGUGGUUUGUACAGCGCAAAGGAAAUUUCACGUCUAAGAUGUCAUGCAUGGGACAAAUUUGGGUGGAAAUACGGAUGGGAAACGUGUUUCAGAUGGAACUAAAGUGCAUAUUGUUCUUUUUUGCUGGUAAUUAAAAAGUAUUUCUGGCUCACUCGAGCUUCUCUUAAUGAUAUGUUCAAAUAUCUUGUGUUUGUCCUUUGAGUUCACGUUUCAUCGACCUGUUUUCUGGAAAGCAAAGAAAGUUUUAAGCCUGGGAAGAUCUUGGCUGAUGCAUUUUUAAGUUUUGUAUUUAACAAGGGCGAGAGUUGGAUUAUCCUGAAUAUACCGAAAACUUGCAAAUAAGUCACGAGAUUUCUUACUAACGGAACCCUGAGUAAUUUUUCAAUUUCUUUUUGUAAAAAGCCUGAUGGACUAAGGUGCACAUUUGCCUGAAGUCUUUAUAAAUCAGAGAAUCAUGGAGUGGAUUGGGUUGGAAGGGACCUUUAAGUCCAUCCAUGCCAUGGGCAGGGACACUUUUCACUAUCCAAGGUGGCUCCAACCUGGCCUUGACACUCUCAGGGAUCCAGGGGCAGCCACAGCUUCUCUGCCCAACCUGUGCCAGGGCCUGCCCACCCUCCCAGCCAGCAAUUCCUUCCCAAUAUCCCCCACCUAAACCUCCCCUGAGAGUUUUAAUUCGAACAUGCUUUCAUUUGAAGCAAAGGGUGCUUUUAAACCAAACCGAAGGCCUCAUCAGAUUCCCGCCGCUGGAGGAGAAAAACCCCUCCAAGUCCCCCCUCAGAGGGAGGAAUCGGGAAAUAAACUGACAGCAGGAUAAUCUUAAUCUCCCCCUUGCUUUGAUUUUUUUGUUUGGUUUGGUUUGGUUUGGUUUUGUCUUCACUGUGCCUGGCAGCAUCCGCUGUGCAGGAGGGACCCGCCCCGGCGGUUCCUCCCCGCCCUCACAGCCCUGCCCACGGACACCCCUUCCCUCCGUGGGAGAGACACGGGGGGCUGAGGCAUUCUGUAGAUUUAUACCUGUCUAGUUUGUAAAGUUGUGUAACGUGUGCUGCAGAUGUGUAUUCUCUGGGCUCUGUGUAUCUUUACAGUAGUGUUCAAUUUAGGAUUAAAAAAAAAAGAGACAAAAAAAAGGCCAAAAAAAAAAAAAAUAAAUUGUGGACACGUUUUGCUGGUAACAAGGGGAAAUUUUUUUUUUGCCAUUGCAUCAAACGAUGCUGAAAUGUAUUAAACUCUUGAUAGCGAACCUGAACCCUUCCUUCCCCCAUCCCGUGGAGAUAAGUCUUUUAUCUUCAUCCCGAAGUUCUACCGGAGAUGGAUGGAUACACUGGCAGACUGCAUGAGAUGUAUCAUUUGAAAUCCGUUACAGUGGAAAAUAAAACUGAGCUAAACUCUG